AUGGAAACCAACAACAAUAAUAAUAAUAAUAAUAUAAAUAAUAUAAAUAAUAUAAAUAACAAUAUAUAUAAUAAUGAGGGAGUAGAAUUACAAAAUGUUACAUCUAACGAAAAUAAUAAUACUAAAGAAAUCCAAAUAAUUAAUUACAAUGAAAAGGAUUUAGAAAAAAAUGAAAGCUCCCCAUCUGAUGAUGAUAAAAAAGAAAUGAAAAAUUUUCAAAGUAAAUACAGUAAAUAUAACCCAAGAUUUUAUUUAACUGAAUACUGGGACGAGUGUAAAAUUAUUUUUGCUUCAAUGUUUUAUAAAUUCGCUUUUGAAACUUAUUCAAGUGCUCUUGGUCUCGUUGUCCUUACAAGAUUUGAAAAUGAUAACGGUGUUACAUUUUUAGCAAUUAUGAAUAUUAUUUAUUUUUUAUCACAAUCAAUUGGAUCAAUGUUAGUAUCACCAUUUGUUAAAAAAUAUAGAGCUAGUAGAGUUACAUCAUGUGUUAUGUUUUCAAUGGCAAUUUUAAUUACAGUUUUUAUUAUAAUAUGUGCAUCUACUGGUACAAAGAUAAGUGUUGAUCAACUUGGAUCAUGGAAUCGUUAUUUGGUGGUACCAUUGUAUUGCUUAAUGGGAAUUUUCGUUGGUAUGAUUGAGGUUAGUAGAAAAUUAACACCAAGACAAAUAUUGGGAAGUGAUAAUAAGAAAUUAUCAAAAUUGAAUGGUUACAUUCAUUUAUUCUAUGAAAUUUCCGGUACUGGUGGUGCUUUCCUUUCAACUCCAUUGAUUGAAAAAUUAGGACCAGUUUUCGCUUUAUCUCAUCAACCAGUUUUCUUUUUACUAGGUGCCAUAUUCUUCUUUUGGGUUUCACAACCAUUCCCACCAACUGUUAUAAAGACUCCAAAAGAUGUACAAGCUGAAAAAGAUGGUAUAAUUAUACACUCUUUCAAAACUGUUGGCUCUGGAAUCUACCAUUACUUUUAUUCAUUAUUAGUUGGUGCUCGUCAUAUUCUUAGUGUUAAAUAUUGGUGGAUUAUUACAACCUAUGUAUUACCACAAGUUUUACAUAGAUUAUUAGAGAAUUUAUUAUUCCCAACUUUUGCUAAAAAGGUUUUACACCAAGGCUCUUUAAGUGGUAUCCUUACUGGUGGUUCUAAUUUCGGUGAAGCUGUUGGUUCAAUUUUGGUUGUCAAAUUUGGUAAUAGAUUAAAGAAUCCAUUAUGGUGGGUUAGAAUUGAUGGUCUUUUCUGCUCUUUAGUUUGGGUAUUGGUUUACCCACCAAAAUUAAGUUCUCCAACCGCUAUUGCUUGUUCAAUGAUUCCAAUUUGGACUUUAGUUUCCGCUUUCUGGGCUGCUGGUGAUAUUUCACUCCUUUCAUUCAUCCAAUCAAAAUUCCCAUUAAAUUCUCAUGACAAUCAUGAUAGUGAUAAUGUUCAUCAAGAAAAUUCAGAUACUGAUAGUGAAAAAUCAGAUAUUUCCGAUAUAAAUACUAGUACAACUAAUUUAACUAUUAAACCAAUGACUCCAGAAGAAUCUGUUGAUGAUCUUGCUAAAGAAUUAGGUGAACAAUCUACCAAUAAUAAUCAACAACAACAACAAGAGUCAUCAUCAUCUCAAUCAGUUGAGGUUGAGAAUGAUAUUAGUGACGAAGAUGAUGCUCCAUCAGGUACACCAUUAGCCUCUGUCUUGGGUUUCUUAUUUGCUAUGUAUGCUAUUAUCAUUUCUUUAUUAAGUUAUGGACUUGGUACUGGUAUGGAUAAAUCCGCUGCAAAUGGUGAUAUUAAUGAUGGUUUCUUUUGGAUUGCCGGUGUUGGAUUUACUGUUUGUGGUGGUCUAAUUGUAAUAACUUCUUUCUUUGCUAGAAACAAAGAAUUAAGAAAAUUAUAA